AUGAUUGCAGCUGGAAUUGGAAACACAGAUAUUGUCAAUUAUUUACUCUCAGAAGGUGCGCCAUGGAAUGCAGUGGAUAGAGAAUAUCUAUGUGCCGGUGAUUAUGCUGCGAAAAAUGGUCAUCAACUCUGUACUGAUGCCAUACUGAAUCAUGCAGUUAUGUCUGAACUCUUGUUGUCGUUAGCUGUUGAUAAAAUUAUCGAAAAUACUAAUAGGACUGAGAAGACUGAACAACUCAAUGCCGCUUAUCUUGCUAGCCGACUAGAGUAUGCUGGGGAUGGUAAAUGCCUGGUGGAUACGAAUACACAAUUGGCUGUUAUGAUGGAUUGGGAAACACCUAUCAUGGAGAAACAUGCAGCAUGGAUUUGUCAUGCAGAUGUCGUCGGCAGUAAUAACGAUAAUAAACCACCGCUUAAUAUUUGA